GUCCCGCUUCCGUCCGGCGGUCCGGCGGUCCCGGUCAGCGUCGCGCGGCUGCUAGGUGGAUGAACCCAGUGAGACUCAUGAAGGUGUUCGUCACCCGCAGGAUCCCCCCCGAGGGCUGGGCCGCUCUCGCCCGCGCCGCAGACUGCCAGGUGGAGCACUGGGACUCAGAUGAGCCAAUCCCCGACAAGGAGCUGGAGCGAGGUGUGGCCGGGGCCCACGGCCUACUCUGUCUCCUCACUGACCUCGUGGACAAGAGGCUCCUGGAUGCCGCAGGAGCCAAUCUCAAAGUCAUCAGCACAAUGUCCGUGGGCGUUGACCACCUGGCUUUGGACGAAAUCAAGAAGCGUGGCAUCCGCGUGGGCUACACCCCAGAUGUCCUGACAGACGCCACGGCAGAACUCGCUGUCUCCCUGCUGCUCACCACCUGUCGCCGCUUGCCAGAAGCCAUCGAGGAAGUGAGGAACGGUGGCUGGACCUCGUGGAAACCCCUGUGGAUGUGUGGCUAUGGACUCACGCAGAGCACUGUCGGCAUCAUCGGGCUGGGGCGCAUAGGUCAGGCCAUCGCUCGACGUCUGAAGCCAUUCGGCAUCCAGAAAUUUCUAUACACAGGGCGCCAGCCCCGGCCUCAGGAAGCAGCAGAAUUCCAGGCCGAGUUUGUGUCCACCCCCAAGCUGGCCGCCGAGUCCGAUUUCAUCAUUGUGGCCUGCUCCUUAACACCUGCAACCAAGGGACUCUGCAACAAGGACUUCUUCCAGCAGAUGAAAAAGACAGCCGUGUUUGUCAACAUCAGCAGGGGAGACGUGGUGAACCAGGACGACCUGUAUCAGGCCUUGGCUGGCGGGCAGAUUGCUGCUGCUGGACUGGAUGUGACGACCCCAGAACCGCUGCCGACAAACCACCCUCUCCUGACUCUGAAGAACUGUGUGAUCCUACCCCACAUUGGCAGUGCCACCUACGGAACCCGAAACACCAUGUCCCUGUUGGCAGCUAACAACUUGCUGGCUGGACUGAGAGGGGAGCCGAUGCCCAGUGAACUCAAGCUGUAGCCAGACAGGAGUCCCGGAGGGUCAGGAGGCCAGCGGUGCCCUUGGAGUCUGUCAGUGGGCGUAGGCUUCAUUUGGGCCCACAGGACAGGAGCCAAGGGAGAAAGUCUGAUCUGUUCCGAUCCUGCGGAAUGAAGACCAGGGCUGACACACGGGCUUGCCACUUUCGUGAUUGGAAUCGUCUGAGCCAAAAGUAUGUGAUCCUAUUAAAUGAUGGUCUGAGA